AUGUUUUGGCUUGUAAUAUCGGUUACUUUGGGGAUCAUUUCAUAUAUGAUUUACAAGAAACACAUUAAAUCAGUGAAAUUUGCUUCAAAUGUUCCUCAACAAUACGAGCAUGCUAUUAUUAUCGGGGGCAGUAUUAGUGGUAUCGUGACUGCUGCUUACAUAUCAAAAUAUUUCAAACGAAUAACAAUUAUCGAAUCAGACGAUGUAUUAAGUGAUACAUUUAUGAAAUCUUCCCCCGAUGAAAUAUUAGAUUAUCGUUGUUGUCUUCAAAGUCCAGCAUCACUAGGACGUUCAGGUGUUAGUCAAAUAUAUCAGGGACAUGUACUUGAAAGUGAAGGAAAUAAAAUUCUACUCGAAUUAUUUUCUCAACUAAAAGAAAAAUUAUUAAAUGAAUAUGGUGUCCGUAUUUAUUCAAUAAAAAACGAAUCACGGCUCGCUGCUAGUGGUAUAUUAUUAAAUCAAAAUUUAACCGCAGAUUUUGACUGGUUGGGUGUUGAUCGUUUUACAUUAGAAAUAGUAUUGAGAAAAGAAUUAUGUUUGCAACUUGGAAAUAAACUUGAAUGGAAAUGUAAUGCAAGAGUAACACAACUAAUUGUUGAUCGAUCAUUAAAUAUUGUUAACGGUAUAAAAUAUCGACUGAAGCAAAAUAUUGACUCGCCAGUAUGUUGUAUGUAUGGCGAUUUAAUCAUUGAUUGUACUGGUCGCAAUACAUCAUCAACCAGAUGGUUAAAAGAGAGUUUUAAUUUAAUCGUACCGACUGUACAAAUAGAUUUUGGUUCUGGCUAUGUUACAUUUAUUGGUGAAAGAUUUAAAACCGGAGAUCCAUUGCUGGAUUUAAUGCCUAUUGUUGGUUGCACAACUAAUACUCCUGAUAAUAAUACAGGGUGUUAUAUAACUCCAAUACGCACAAUAAGAACUGAAGAUAAAAAUUCAUUAGGAACACUGUCAGUAAUUGCGUUUCAUAGCGCCAAUUCAGAAUAUCCACCAAAUGAUUCCUACGAAAAUUUAUUAGAAUGGAUAGAAGAGCAUCUAGAUCCAGAAUAUUAUUCGAUAUUAAAAUCAACAAAAGUACAUAGUCCAUUAGUUCCAUAUCGCCAUGCAAUUGAUGAUCGAAAGUAUGUCGAAUUAUUAGGUAAAAAAUGGCCUCAAAAUUAUAUAUUAUUAGGUGAUGCAAUGUGUACAUUUAAUCCUCAAUAUGGGCAAGGUAUGACACAUGCAUGCAGACAUGCAAGAGAAUUGGGAAAAAUAUUUGACGAGAAUUGUCAUAAGUUAAAAGAUAUUUCUCAUAUUUUCAAUCGUCGUGCUUCAGCAAUUAGUGAAGAAUGUUGGCUUUUGGCGACCACAAAUGAUUGGAAAACACCGACAUUAAAAGUGAUAACAACUGACAAACAUGGUGAAAUUAAAAUUUAUCAACGACAUGGCAAUUCUGCUCAAAGUAACGAUCGUCAACUGCAUUUACCUCUAACGGUUCGGUUUUUGCAAUGGUAUUCUCCUUGGUUUCUUCAAUGUGCAUCCAAAUCUGGACGGUUGUCUACGGAUUUGUUACGUGUUGUUAAUCAGCAAGCCAGUCCAUUUAUACUACUGAAACCAGCAACGUUCUUAGCAGUCUGUCAUAUUGCCUUAAUGAAUUAUUUUAAGUUAUCUAAAAAAUAA